AUGUUAGCUAACGCUGAUGAACUCUAUAUCAAAGAACGUCGCACGGCGUCUACGCAGGCACGUCGUCCAGGUGCCGGAGGAACAGAUCUACGCAGGCACUUUCCAAACGGAAGUUGGGCUGGCUGCCUGGGAAGGAUCAGCCGCAACGAGGCCGACCUGGCGCUAGGACCAAUCCUGCCCACCAUCAGCCGGUUCGAGGUCGCUCAGCCGCUGCCGCAGUACUACUUCAUUCAUCUCACUCUGUGCGGUGGAACCAAGCGCCUCUACAAGACAGACGUGUUCGCCUACGUCACCGCGCUGGAUUCACAGACGCCAGCCAAGGGCAAAGGAGAGAGUGUCUGUGAUGACGGUGAAGCUCGCCUCCUGUCCGCAUGA